UUUGCAUUCACAGAGAGCCAUGGCUUUCAACCUCACACACUCUACACUACCUUCUUCUUCUUCUUCUUCUUCCAUUUCACACCAUUUUCAUGUUCAUACUCUUUCAAAACCUCUUUUUCUUACACACUCCAAAAUCUCAACCUCUCUAAUCUCCAAAACCCUUUGUCUUUGUGCUUCACCAUUCAACACCACCCAACCUUCACCAACCCCAUUUUCCUCCCAUAUCUCCAACAAGAACAUGAACCAGAAGAACAAGAGGUCAUAGAAACAAUAGAAGAAGUAGAAGAAGAAGCUCGUGACCCAGAUGAUCCAAUCUACAAAUUCUUCAAAACCCGCACUAGGAUUUCCUUCCAAGACCCGGGAAAAGAAGGAAGGUUGUCGCUUCAGAAGAACCGUCGCAUAUCAUGGCACCUUGCUUCUGACACCAGUGACCUUGUUGAAGAAGAAUCUGUAACGGGUUUGGAGGAUGGUUCCUUGGUUGAAGAAAAGAAAGAAAGGGUGUGUGAGAAAAAGGGUUUGCCUUUACCUGAGGGGAUUGUGGGAGAGAUUGUUCAGAUUGCAAGGAACUUGCCUCAGAAUCUUACUCUGGAAGAGGGUUUGGUUGAAUACGAAGGAAGGGUUAGUGAGAAAGAUUGUUGGGAGGUUUUGAAAUCACUUGGGGAGGAGCACCUUCUGGUGUCUUGUUUGUAUUUCUUUCAGUGGAUGAGGUCGCAGGAACCUUCACUGGUUACACCUCGGGCUUGCACUGUGUUGUUUCCUUUGUUGGGGAAGGCGAGGAUGGCUGAUAAGUUGAUAGUUUUGUUCUCAAACUUACCGUCCACCAAGGAGUUCAGAGAUGCUCAUGUUUACAAUGCUGCAAUUUCAGGCCUUCUUUCUAGUGGCAGGUAUGAAGAUGCUUGGAAAGUGUAUGAGUCAAUGGAAGCUGAUAAUGUUCUUCCGGAUCAAGUGACAUGUUCUAUUAUGGUUAUUGUUAUGAGAAAACUUGGCCACAGUGCAAAAGAUGCAUGGCAAUUUUUUGAAAAAAUGAAUGGAAAAGGAGUCAAGUGGGGUGAAGAAGUCCUAGGUGCACUCAUAAAGUCAUUUUGUGUUGAGGGUUUGAUGAGGGAAGCUCUCAUCAUCGUAUCUGAAAUGGAGAAGAAAGGGGUUUCCCCAAAUGCUAUUAUGUACAACACCCUGAUGGAUGCAUAUUGUAAAUCCAACCGUGUAGAAGAAGCUGAAGGCCUUCUUGUUGAGAUGAAAGAUAAAGGGAUUAAGCCCACUGAAGCUACGUUCAACAUUCUAAUGUAUGCAUACAGCAGAAAAAUGCAGCCUGAGAUUGUGGAGAAGCUGAUUGCUGAAAUGCUGGAUGUAGGGUUGAAGCCAAAUGCCAAAUCAUAUACUUGUCUAGUCAGUGCAUAUGGAAAGCAGAAAAAGAUGAGUGACAUGGCUGCAGAUACAUUCUUGAAGAUGAGGAAAGAUGGUAUCAAACCCACUUCACAUUCUUACACAGCUCUUAUCCAUGCAUAUUCAGUUAGUGGCUGGCAUGAAAAAGCUUAUGCAGCAUUUGAAAACAUGCAAAGGGAAGGUGUUAAACCAUCCAUAGAAACCUACACUGCAUUACUAGAUGCAUUUAGACGAGCUGGUGAUACUGAAACAUUAAUGAAAAUAUGGAAGUUGAUGAGGAGGGAGAAAGUUGAAGGAACACGUGUGACAUUCAAUACUCUAGUUGAUGGUUUUGCUAAACAUGGUCAUUACAAGGAAGCAAGAGAUGUAAUAUCUCAAUUUGGUAAAGUUGGAUUGCAUCCAACAUUGUUGACUUACAAUAUGCUGAUGAAUGCAUAUGCACGAGGAGGGCGACACUCAAAGCUGCCAGAGUUGUUGGAAGAGAUGGCAGAUCGUAACUUAAAGCCAGAUUCUGUAACUUAUUCAACUAUCAUAUAUGCAUUUCUCCGUGUUAGAGAUUUUGCACAGGCAUUCUUUUAUCACCAGGAGAUGGUCAAGAAUGGUCAAGUAAUGGAUGCCAAUUCUUACCAGAAGCUUCGGGCGAUUCUUGAUGUUAAAGCUUCAAUGAAAAACAGAACGGAUAGGAGAUCCUUGAUUGGUGUGGUUAGAAAUAAGAUGGGUGUUGUGAAAGCUAAGAGGAAAAAGGAUGAGUUUUGGAAGUUCAGGAAAAGACAUGUUAGAAAUCAGUAGUUCUGAAUCCUGCUUGUCAGUGUAAAGUAAGUUAUAUAUGCAGAUUGUAAUUUCAAUUUUGAUCCUUUUUUUAUUUCUUUAAAUGGGUGCAUGAAGAUCUAUUCACACAUUGAGAGAAUCAUCAUUUAAGAAACAAAAUGAAACACAAUGGUGAAGUGGCACACGACCUUGGUCAAAUCUAGAACAAUUUGAAUGUAAAAGAAAACACAGAUGGUCCUAAUUGAUUUUUAUUUUUUGUUGCUU